AACAGCCAUAUCUCGUAUCCUUACAUCUUGCCUCACCAGCAUCACUGCCACCGCGACCAUGAAAUCUUGGACCAAAGCAAUCCUCUCUCUGGCACUCUUAUCGCCCCUCAUUUGCGCUAAGGCAUUGUGGCCAAAGCCCUCCCGUGGAAGCUUCAACAUCGAGGACUUCACCUUUGACUCUGGCGAGAUCAUCGACUCCCUGAACAUCAGCUAUCAGACCCUCGGUGAGCUAAAAGUCAAUUCCGAUGGAUCCAACAACGCCGUUGUUCUCCUCCAUGGAACCACUGGUUCUAGCGCCCAGUUUCUCGUGGAAGAGUUCGCUGGUGCCCUUUUCAACCCAGGCCAGCCUCUCGACGCCAAUGAGUACUUCAUCAUCAUGCGCGAUGCCAUCGGUCACGGGAACUCAAGUAAGCCUAGCAACACUGGCCUUCGCGCCUCGUUUCCAAAGUAUCAGUAUCCUGACAUGAUUCGUGCGGACCACCUCCUUUUGACUGAGCACUUCAAACUUAACCGGACCCGUCUGACGCUUGGUGUUUCGAUGGGCGGUAUGCACACUUGGAUGAUGGGCGGAGAAUAUCCAGGCUUUUCGGAUGCCUUGAUGCCUAUUGCUUCCUUCCCAGUUGAGAUAGCUGGCCAUAAUCGGCUGUUUCGGAAGUUCAUCACUGAGCUUAUCACGAUUGAUCCACCAUGGAAAGGUGGCGAUUAUGAGAAGCAGCCAGCUGCUGGCCUUGGAGGUGCACUCAUGAUUCAACUUGUCCUUCUUUCGUCUCCUUCAUAUUGGCAGCGAGAAUUCCCUACUCGUGAAGCCAUGGAUAAGUACGUUGACGAUCGCAUCAUUCCUCGGCUUGAAGAUUUUGAUGCCAAUGAUCAACUCUAUGCUUGGAACGCAUCUCAAACCUACAAUCCCAAAGCAGGUCUUAAGAAUAUUAGGGUUCCUUUGACUGCUGUCAAUACUGCCGAUGACUUGCUGAACCCGAGUGAACUCGGAUUCUUGGAGGACGGUAUCGCGAACGACAUGACGCCUGGAUAUGGCCGAGCAGUUACUAUUCCUGCAAGCAAUGAGACUAGUGGACAUGAUAGCUACAUCAUGGCUAGUCUUUGGAAAGAUGAACUUAAGAAGAUUCUAGCUCGAUCGGGCGCCAUUGAAUACUUACUAAAUUACAAUAUGUCUGAUUCCAAGCAAGGCGGAGAUCUGUUCGACAUGGCCAAGGAUGGCACAUCCAUUCCUGGCGAUGCCGGCAAUCAAAACACGAUCAGUUCCGUGCCCAACCCCCAUCAACGCGAUGGUGAGGCCGCAGGCGGUCUUGGCUCAUCCGAUCUGGCUGGCGCAGCAGACAACGCUGUCCUUUCAGCUUCUGAGGGCCGAGAGUCUGGUGUUGGUGAGGGAAUCAGUGCGACAGGUCAUGACAUUCCUCAGUCUGUAACUGGGAAGCCUGGUGGUCGGGGAGGUACACAAGGCAAGGAGGAGAUCAGAAGGGAUACAGGCGCUUUUGCGAAUAGGGAGAAUUAG